AUGUGCCACUUUCAGGUCUCCUCACACUGCUGGUGUGUUGAAUUUUUUGACAUAGGGUGCUGGCAGAUUACGGGCCUCCCAUAGCUGCUGCCAGGCCCCUAAUCUGCCAUGGGCCCCUAUACCGCCUCCUCAUGCUGCUGCCAGGUCCAGAGUCUCUCAUGGGUCCCUGUACGGCCUCCGAUUGCUGCUGUCUCCAUCGCCACACUCUGCCAUGUGCCACUUUCAGGUCUCCUCACACUCCUGCUGGUUUCCAUUUUGUCAUAGGUUGCUGUAUGGCCUCCCAUUGCUGCUGCCUCCACCGCCACACUGUGGCUCCAAACACUGGUUUUGGCCCCGUGACUGGCCAAAUGAGUGAAGUGUGCGGUGAUUCUAAGAUCGACGGCACUCAUCUGCAUGUCAUACUG